GGGCCUCUGCCCCGGCCCGGCCCCGGCCCCGGCCCCGGCCCCGGCCCCAUGGCCCUGCAGGCGCUGCAGAGCUCGGGAGUGACCUUCCGCAAGAUCCUGUCUCACUUCCCCGAGGAGCUGAGCCUGGCUUUCGCCUACGGCUCCGGGGUGUACCGCCAGGCGGGGCCCAAUUCAGACCAGAAGAAUGCCAUGCUGGACUUUGUGUUUACAGUAGACGACCCUGUUACAUGGCAUUCAAAGAACCUGAAGAAAAACUGGAGCCACUACUCUUUCCUGAAAAUUCUGGGGCCCAGGAUCAUCACAUCCAUCCAGAAUAACUAUGGCGCUAGAGUUUACUGCAACCCGCUGAUCACGUGUGACGGUCGGCUUAUCAAAUAUGGGGUGAUUAGCACUAGUGUCCUGAUUGAAGAUCUCCUCAACUGGAAUACUUUAUAUGUCGCUGGUCGACUUCAAAAGCCCAUGAGGUGUGAGAAAGGCGUAGGUGGGAAAGAGAGUCUGCAAACCAAACCGGAGAGGAGACAAGACCCAGAGAGAGGUCGUCUCUGGGAGGAAGAAAGCAGUGACAGUGGGGCCUCUCCCGACUCUAUUUUCCGCAUUCGAAGCUGCUAUGAUACGGUAACAUUUGUGUGGGUUUUUGGUAGCCUCUCUGGUUUUGUUUUCACAGGGCUUUCAGCCAUCGUGAGACCCUCUAGUAUAAGACAGAGCACCAAGGGCAUCUUUACAGCCGGCAUGAAGAAAUCAGUGAUUUAUAGUUCACUAAAACUGCACAAAAUGUGGAAAGGAUGGCUGAGGAAAUCACCCUGACUUUGCUUGCUUUUAUGUCAUGUACAGGUGAAUAAAGUGCUUGAUCCUUUUUGACAGAA